GGGAUUGCUGUAAUUAGCCACGUUUUCAGCCGUUUUAGUACCACGUCCCUUUGGCUGCGUUACAUAUUUUGCAGUGCCUUCUCUUGUCCUACUCACCAGGGACACAGUAACAGUUUACAAUUUUCUCUUUUCAUUCAGUUUUCAUGGCCGACCUUUGUUUCUUCACCUUUAUCUUCCUCCUUAUCUGUAACGGCGCCACCGGUGACUAUCUCAUCGGAAUCAAUUACGGAACUUUCGCCGACAACCUUCCACCGCCGACCCAAGUCGCCGCUUUCAUCAGAGACCAAACUACCCUUAACAAAAUCAAGAUCUUCGAUGCAAACCCAGAAAUUAUCCGUGCAUUCGCUGAUACCGGCGUUUGGGUUACCGUCACUGUACCUAACGGAGAUAUUCUAUCAAUUUCUAAACCAACCGGUGCACAAUGGUGGGUCGAACAAAAUGUUGUUCCGUACUAUCCACACACCAGAAUUGAUCGCAUUUGCAUUGGAAAUGAAGUCAUGUCUACAGGCGACAAAAAUCUAAUCGCUCAUCUAGUUCCCGCCAUGCGAGCGAUUCAUGGAGCUCUGUUAGCAGCUGGAAUCAAUGAUAUCCAGGUUUCAACACCACAUUCAUUGGGAAUCUUGUCCCGCUCUGAACCUCCCAGUUCGGGUCGGUUCAGAAGCGUAUACGAUCGGAUAAUUUUUGCCCCUAUGCUGGAAUUUCACCGUGAAACUAAAUCACCCUUCAUGAUUUGUCCAUACCCAUUCUUUGGGUUCAAUGAUAAAACCCUGGAUUAUGCCCUGUUUAAACCUACUAAUGGGGUUUACGAUGAAGCUACUGGGAUGAAUUACACCAACAUGUUAGAUGCACAGCUUGAUGCUGUGUAUUCAGCAAUGAAGGCGUUGGGUUAUGCUGAUGUGGAUAUCGUUGUGGCGGAAACUGGGUGGCCUUCUGCCGGUGACCCAAAUCAACUAGGUGUGAGUUUGGAGAAUGCUAUUUCGUACAAUGUGAACCUCGUGAAGCAUGUAAACUCCGGCGUCGGAACGCCAUUGAUGCCAAACAGGACCUUUGAGACUUACCUUUUCGCCCUGUUCAAUGAGGACCUUAAGCCUAGCACCUCGGAGCGUAACUUCGGGUUGUUCCGACCCGACUUCAGCCCUGUUUACGACGUGGGCAUUCUGCGUAAUACACAGGCUUCUUCGCCGCCUGCUAUGGCACCGGAAGUGGGGAAGAAGUGGUGUGUGCCAAGGACAGAUGCUAGUGAUGCAGCUUUGCAGUCGAACAUAGACUUCGUGUGUAGUUCAGGAAUAGAUUGUCAAGCUAUACAAGAUGGUGGCCCUUGCUACGAGCCCAAUACGAUCAGAGCGCACGCUUCUUACGCCAUGAAUGCUUAUUAUCAAGCAAAUGGUGGUAAAGAUUUCGACUGUAACUUCAUUAAUACCGGUGUUGUCACCAUCUAUGAUCCUAGUUAUGAAGAAUGUACAUAUGCUGCUUAAAGUGGGAAAUGAGGGCUUAGUAAAUAGCUGCUGGUUCUUCUUUUGGAUCAGUUGGACCGUAGAAUUUUAAAGAUAUAAAUACAUUUUGGUAUAGUCCAAUAUUGCUUUGUGAUGCUGUAACUUUCUGUUAUUUUCAAGCCUGAAGAGUUCAAUAUUAA